AUGUCACCACCUACUCUACUUAUCUGUUCCGCUUUAGCGGUAUUUUGUGGCUUUUUAGCCCAUCAGACCGUGGAAACCUUAAUGAAUACCGCCCUAACCUUUUUGCCUUUAAAUAUUCGCACGAAAAUCAAGAAAACUAAAAAUCAAGUAAUUGUGGUGCCAACCACGCAGAAAACUACGGUAAAAGUCAAGUCCCCUAAAACUUCGAACAAGCUUCGUUCAACUCGCUCCAAAACUGACACCCUCGCUUAUUAUAAUUGCCUGAUUGACCAAAUUGCUAGUCCGGUCAAUGCCAAAGUAAAAAUUACUUCCCUAGCCCAUCACUGUAAGUGCAAUAAAGGUAAAGUUGAAGCCGCUCGCCAAGAACAUAAAGCCCAAUUAGUGAAAGAAGUAGCCAAGAAUUAUCAAGCCUUUGGGGAAAGUCUAGGGCAUUAUUUACAUGCCGAUAUUGUGGGGUGUGUGAAAGAGUUAAAAAAAUAA